CGACAACGAAGAACAACGCUUGGGCAAUCUCUCCCGACGAUUAGCACCCCCAUUUCCGGGUCCGGUAGCGGUUAGCACACCGUGGCGAGUCUGGAGCAUUAGAAGGGCAUCGUUAAAUAUUUACAAACAUCGAGAUGCUAUCGGAGGUGCUCCAGGUAGUUCGGGGUGCUGGCAAGGUCGGUGCUGCCUUCGCUACCACGCAAGGAGAGCAGCUGAGGUUGAUAGCCUGCAACUCAACACUGGGAGCAGGACUCAAAGCUGCCCAGGAUGCAGCUGGGGCCUGGAUGGGCGUUAGGAUGAAACAAGACAAGACACCCAAGUCUGAGGAGUUCCCAGACAUUGAAGGAUGGGACCAGAUGGAGGAGAACGAAGCCACCAAAUGGGCCGUCGGCUCGGAGCUCGCGCCGGAUAUUUCCAACAAAGAUAACGUUUACGAGUCGACAGGAACUCCUAAAGGAACAUCGGUGGGAUCUGGCUGGCCUGGUCAAAGCGCGCGGUUCUUGCACGUUGUUGCACCUCAUAAUCAAAUGAGGUUUGUUCAUGACUCUGUAGUGGCCAGGUUGAGUCCAGAGGACAUCAAAAAGGCCCGGGAGGUUAAACAGAGUACCGCCCGGCCUGUUCGCCAGAAGCUGAGCGAGCGAGCCAAGGAAAGGAAGGUUCCUGUCACGCGGAUUAGUCGACUUGCGAAUUUCGGGGGUUUGGCUGUUGGGCUCGGUCUCGGUGCCAUUGCUGAAGUCGCAAAGCAGUCUUUUGGAGGCAAAAAAACGGAUACCGGAGCUGUGUUAGAUUCUCCGCUCCUGUCCGAGGCCAACGCCGAGAGGAUUGUUAACACGUUGUGUAAGGUGCGAGGAGCAGCGCUCAAGAUCGGACAAAUGCUGAGCAUUCAGGACAACAGCUUCAUUAAUCCACAACUACAGAAGGUAUUUGAGAGGGUCCGACAAAGUGCGGACUUUAUGCCAACCUGGCAAACAAAUAAAGUUCUGGAGGAAGAGUUGGGCCCUGGCUGGAAGGACAUGCUCUCGUCAUUUCAGGACAAACCCUUUGCAGCUGCCUCCAUUGGUCAGGUGCAUCUCGGAGUCCUGCCUGACGGAAGGGAAGUGGCUAUGAAAAUACAGUAUCCAGGAGUGGCCGAGAGCAUCAAAAGCGAUGUGAACAAUUUGAUGUCGGUGCUGAAGAUGAGCGUGCCGCUUCCUGAGGGUUUAUUUGCGGACAGCAGCCUGGAGGUCCUUCACAGGGAGCUAGCCUGGGAGUGUGACUACAAACGAGAGGCAAAGUGUGCCAAGCGCUUCAAGACUCUAAUGGAAGGAGACCCGAUAUUCAAAGUCCCCGGGAUCAUCGAUGAGCUCACCACGUCUCGUGUGAUCACCAUGGAGCUUAUUAACGGAGUCCCGCUGGACAGCUGUGUGGAUCUGGAUCAGGAGACCAGGAAUAAGAUAUGCUCCAGCAUCUUGCACUUGUGCCUCCGAGAGCUCUUCGAGUUUCGCUUCAUGCAGACGGAUCCCAACUGGUCCAACUUCUUCUAUAAUGCUGAAGAGGACAAGAUUUACCUGUUAGACUUUGGAGCUUGCCGAGAAUACCCAGAUUCCUUCACCGAUGAUUACAUUGAGGUGGUGCACGCGGCCUCAGUCGGAGAUCGUGCCAAAGUUCUGCGGAAAUCCAAAGACCUGAAGUUCCUCACUGGCUACGAAACCAAGGCGUUUGAGGACGCUCACGUGGAGGCGGUGAUGAUCCUGGGAGAAGCGUUCGCCUCUUCAGACGCCUUCGACUUCAGCACUCAGAGCACGACGCGCCGUAUCCACAACCUGAUCCCUGUGAUGCUCCGUCACCGCCUCGCUCCUCCUCCUGAGGAGACGUACUCGCUGCACCGCAAGAUGGCCGGCUCCUUCCUUAUUUGCUCCAAGCUCCAGGCGCGAAUUCCCUGCCAAGAAAUGUUCCUCAGCAUCUAUAACGCUUAUAAACAGCAACGUCAGGAGCGGGCAGGUGGAGAAUAGACUCGGAGAAACGCUACAUGUCUGGAGUCCUGGAUGUCGAGGUAGAUGGGAGAUGGGUUUAGAUGAACUGGAGUUUGAGAACUUCUUUUUUUCUUUUUUUUUUUUUUUUAAGCUGAGUGCCAUGACGGAGAAGUUUAAUCAUAAAUAAAGAGAAAACGUUUUUUUUUUUUUUUUUGUGUAUUAUGUUUUAUGCCCAAGAAGAAUUUUGAGCAGUUUGUUGGUCAGUGUUUAGUCACUGUGAUUAGUUUUAUACCUCACUGGAUCACUGUAGCUGUAGUAGUGUUUUAUAUUUCAUACGCAGAGCUCAGCUCACCGUUACAGCCACUUUGGGGAGGAAAAGGUGGUGAAUUGAAUGAUUAUAGUGAGUUUACACGUCGAGUAACGUAUUAUUAUUGUUAUCUACCCAUCUUUUUUAUUACUCUUUGCAGAUCAUGUAACAUUAAGACUUGUGUUAGAGAUUUUUGUUUAAAGACAAAAAAUGUUUAAACAUUUUCCCAUUUUUCGUUAUUUCCCCUCAUCAUUUCUGAUAUUCUUUUUCCUUCUUUCUGUCUCUCUUAUUUUCUAUUUCUUCCUUUCCUUCUUCCUUCCUUCUGUCUGAUUUUUAUACUCUUUCUCGUUUUUGUCACGUUAUUUCCUUCUUUUUUGGUACUUUUUCUGGGGGGGGGGUUCCCUGUUCUUUUACCCCACUUUUCCUAGUCAUUCCUUCUGUUUUUCUUUUUUCCUUCUUAAAUUUGUUUUCUUUCUUUCUCUCUCUCUCUCUCUCUCUCUCACCCUCUCUAUUUUGCCACUUUGUUUCCUUCAUUUUUUCCCCCUCAUUCUCAAAAGUUGUCAUUUUUCCUUGUCUUUCUCACACUUUCCCUUUUUUUUCUUCCAUGAUUUCUUUUUCUCUUCCUAUUUUCAAUCUCUCAUUUUCUUUCUGAUUUUAUCAUUUUAUUUCCUUUCUUCCUUCGAUUUUCUGUUUUUCCCCAUCAUUAAUCAUAUUCUUUUUCUUCUCUCUCUCUCUCUCUCUCUCCCACUCUCGCUCUCAUUUUAACUUAUUUACUUGGUUUUACUUCCUUUUUCUGCUUUUCUAAGAUUACUUCUCUUCUUCACCUGUCUCUCGUUGUCUCUUAUCCUUUUCCCUUUCUCUCCCAGUUUUUCUUUUCUCUCCCCCCCCCAUUCCUCUCACUCUCUGAUUGUGUGUAUUUCUUUCAGGAUACACAAAUCUAGUUAAGAAGUGAGUUCGAGGUAGCUGAGCUCACGCUUGCGGGAAGAAAAGCGAGUUUCUUUCAGCUGAACAUCCGAGCUCAUGUCGAGGAAUAUUGUUGAGAAGGCAUCUCAGAGUCUUAUGGUACUUCUUCCUCCUUUCGGCUUCAGUAAGAGCUUUAUCCUGCUCAGGGUCACGCCGAAGCCUAUCCUGGAAACACUGGGUGCGGAUGGUGGGAAUACACCCUGACUGUGACACACAUCCAUCCAUUCCGCCUAUCGUUUAGUUUUUGGGAGUUGGGAGAAAACUGGAGAAUCUCAGAGGAAACCCAGAGAAUCGGGGACUCUGGAGCUCUGAAGCUCUUCGACGGCAAUAUAUGUAAAAUCAAGUUAUGUGCUUAAUUAUGCUCAUGUAUACCUAUGUAAUUGUGUUCAUAUUUAGAGAUUGUCAAGCUUUUACCAGAAUAUUUAGCUGAGCAUUUCUACAGUCUAAUACUGGUUGGGAAAAUGUCAAGAGUUUGAUCGUAAUAAAAAAAGGUCUGACUUCCGGA